ACUGUGCACCGUCCUUACAGAGACUGCCGAGACAAAGUCCUUUCAGCAGAAUGGGAGGCAGCCCGUUUCAUUCAGGAAUGGGAGGAAUGUCAGGUCCAAUGACUGGCCCUAUGGGUGGAAUGAGUCACAUGGGUCCUUCCGCGGGAGGACCGACAAUGGGGGGCCAGAGUCACGGAAGUUCUGGUUCAAUGUUCCGAACGUCGGUAGGACUGGGGUGUACUCGCCAUGAUAUUGUAUGCCCCAAAUGGUGUCUUGCUGUAGAUGCCAACGGAUGCAAGUCGUGUCCUUGUGGGCCAGCUGGAGGUAUGAACGCGAUUGCAGGAGGACCGUCUGGUGGUUCGAUGGGCGGACCUAUGUCUGGUAGUCCGAUGAGUGGAGCUGUGUCUGGAAAUCCGACGGGCGGAGCAAUGCCGAUGGGAUCAAGUCUAAGCGGAAGUUUUAUAGGCGGGACUGCAGGUGGUGUCGCUGGUGGGAUGGUUGCUGGAGGCAGUAGUAAUGGUGGUGGCGGAAUUGGAAUUGGAGUCGGAAGUGGUGUCGGUAGUGGUACCGGGGGCGGGACGUUCAUAGGAGGAGGGUCAGUCAGUUCAACUUCAACACAAACCUAUAUUGCUGCCAAACCCGCGAAACAGUGUGCAGCGACCCUGUUGUGUACAUCCACGUGCGAUAAAUACGUUCUAGGAAGCACAAGUUCUAGUGGAUGUAGAACUUGCUCGUGUCCUUCCAGUCAUCACGUGUCAACAAUGGAGAAGCCGUAUGUUCCGCCAAUAGAAAUAGCCGUCGAACCUCCUCCGGAAAAAUAUCAAUACCCAGUCGAAUACGCCAUUGAGCCACCGGAGUAUACAAAACAGAUUCAGACGUACAGUCUCACGUGCGCCGCUCACUCGUGCAAUAGCGGAUGCACUUUUGGAUAUAAAUGCGGCCGAGAUGGCUGUCCAUCAUGCGAAUGUAUUCACCCAGCUGUUGUCGGACUAACAGCGGUACAGCAAGUUUAUAUAGAGAAACCACUAAGGUGUAGAAACACGCUUGCGUGUCCCUCCAGCUGUAGUCUUGGGUAUAAAUGUGGAGCUGAUGGUUGCCCAACCUGUGAAUGUCUUACAACAACAACCUCUUAUACACACAGCCGACCUCAGUACACUGCCCAGACAUGCACUCACACCUUAACUUGCACCGCAACGUGCGCACACGGGUACGAGUUGUUCACAGAUGGUACAAGUUCUUGUUCGAAAUGUGCGUGCAAGCAACAAGUUGUAUACGAGACGCGCCCUCUGUACUCGGUUCAACGACUUGAACCAAAGUACGAGACAAUUCAAUGCCCAAGUACAGACUCUUGUUCGUCGCAGUGUCCAUACGGGUAUGAAAUAAUUCGUUCUGAGGGAAAGUGUCCGAAAUGUCAGUGUAAACAAGCAGCAGUGUAUUACACUGCUUUGACAUCAAGCAAAUCUUGUGAUAACUGUCACGAGUCUUACUACAAUUCCGGCAGCACGUACAGCACUGGUGGAAGUGGAAUUAGUUACAUCAUUGGCAGCAGUGCAGGGAACACCGGACAUGGAGGAGGAACUAGUUACGUUCUUUCAGGUGGUGGUGGCGGCAAAACAAGUUACAUUAUUUCAGGUGGCAAUGCAGGCGGGGGUGAAUAUGCUGCUCGAAGUUCUGGUGGAAUGGCUUUAUAUGGAUCAAGUGAUUGUGAGCCUCUACCUCCAGACUGUCAGCCAUCUUGUAUAAAGUAUGAUACUCCUCACUGUAGAAGAUGUGUCUGUGAAACCUCAUAUACAAGAUAUUCCCAGGGCUAAGACAUGAAGAUACAUUCACAGAAUGUUGCAACACUUACUGAUACUUCAGUCUGAACUAUACAUUGAAAUGUUAAGAAAAUAAAGUAAUAACA